ACAAGUGUACGACGUAGAUCAACAAACAUGAUAAACCAAACACUGACUGAUGCUGACGAUUAACGACGAACAUGACGAAACCUCUUCUGUCAUGCUCAAUAAAUGCUUUUUAUCAGGAACUGCUUUUCAAAGAAGGCCACCGGUACAAUGUAUUGAGCACUUACCCAAUGUCAAUUGAGUUAUAAACCACAAUCGUCGUAACUGUCGUACCCCUAACAAGAGCUCAGUCAGAGGAAGGAAGGUUUCCUUCCAUGGGUUCAGCUGCUGGAAAACAAGCACAGGGGUCAGAAGCAUUCAGCGGCACUAUCUCUCAGACCACAUCCUCACGCCCCCAGAGCAGAACCCAGCAGACACCCCAGGGCAGAUCACAUAGCACACCCCAGAGCAGACAACCUGACAUAUCCCAGGGUAGACAGCCAAAGGCACCCACAGGAAGAUCCCAUAGCAAACCCCAGAGCAGACAACCUAACGCUCCCCGGGCUAGCUCACAGGACCCAGGUCAUAGCAGCAGGAACUUGUCCUUCAUAUCACUUGACGAAGACGAGGAGGUCAGCAUGGUGUGUGAAUCCUGCUCUGCCAAUUUCACUAUCUUUAAGAGAAAGAAUCGAUGCCUGGACUGUUCCAAGUUGUUCUGUACUAACUGCAUGCGUAAAGAGCCCCGCAAGUGCUGCAAGAUAUGUCACAUGUUCAUGGGCUCAAAGGAUCGGAGUCAACUGAUGCAGUUCAAGGUGAAGGACCUGCGUCAGUAUUUAGCUGCCCGUGACAUCAACACGGUGGCCUGUCGAGAAAAGGGUGAAUUGGUCGACUUGGUUGUGCAGUACUUAGCCACGCGUAAUGGCGGUGCAUUCAUGGUGACUGUGAAUAACUUAGAGGAUGCAUCAGAGCCCACAUCGACAACCCCUACUACUAGUCAGCCUGAGACCAGUCAUGUAGGAUCAGGUAGAACCGACUCCCAAGGUCCUCGGGCACAAAGCGGGGAUGCUGCAGUGCAGGCAAGCCAAGAACAACUCAACCGUAACCAUGAUGCACCAGACAUAGGUGUGACAAGAAACACCUGGGUGGAAGGAUCCAGUAGCAGUGAGUCAGAGACUGAGCGUAGUCCCAUUGCUAGCUUCUCAAGCCCUGAGGAGGAACCAAGUAGUGCUACUACUACUCCUCCAGAACAAUCCAAACAACCACCAGUAAGACAUCGAACCUCUAUCAGUGAUCUCAAGACAAUAGAUGAUAUAGCUGACCUGAGUGUACGACAGCUCAAAGAAAUACUAACGCUGAACUUCAUCAAUUACAAAGGCUGUGUGGAACGCUGGGAACUGGAAGAACGAGUCAGGAGACUUUAUAGUGAGAAAGAGGGCUACAAGAGCAAAGAACAAGCUUCUGCUGUAGCUAGUACUGAUUCCAAUGAACCCAAACCAGCUACAUUGGAGCAUGAUGAAAUCGAAAUAUGCAAGAUCUGUAUGGACUCUCCUAUCGAUUGUGUGCUGUUAGAGUGUGGUCACAUGGUCACAUGUACAAAGUGUGGCAAACAGUUGGCUGAAUGCCCCAUGUGUCGUCAGUAUAUCAUCCGCGCAGUGCAUGUCUUUCGCUCAUAGAACACAUUGGUCAAUUGCCUAUGGAUAUUUCCAUUGCCUUGCGAAUGGUAUGUACAAACAUCACUGUUUAUGUCAACAGAUUUGGCCACCACUUGCAAUACAGGUGGUAAAAUAUAACUAGCGUAGGUAGAAACUGUCGUAUGAUUUAAUGCAUCGGACGCUGUCAGACAUUCUUUGCCAUUUGUUGUCACUUAAAGAUAAUAUGAAUGUAUGAUUGAUGAUCUUGAUAGGCUUCUGUGUAGAUACAAGAUAUUGGAUGGUGCAAAGCAAGGUGGUGGUUGUAAUUUUUGGUUUAAACAAAUCGCAGCACACAUUUUUCUUUUGAGUUUACAGUCUUCUCCUGAAAUAAAAUGAUUUUAAAAAAAUUUUAUUUCGGCUGCAAAAAGAGCUUCAUUGUUGCAUAUUUCCUGAAAGUCAAUCAUGGAAUAUAAAGAAAUGUAUUUUUUUAUAAAAGUUUACGAUGUCAACGAUAAUUGAGAAAACUAACCCAGUAAUAACAAAGUUCUUUUUGAUAUGCCAACCAACAAUCAUGGCACUUGGUGAUUUUAUUGUUCAGCUCAUAAGGCAAAAAACAUAAUAUAAUUCUACUUCCGGUUACCCGACCGACCUUAUUUUUACGGCACGACCCUAAAAUUGUUAUCGGCAAGUUAAAAAAAAACUGAUUGUCUUUUCUGUCUCUCAGAAACGCCUCUCAACAAACUUUUCACGUAGAAAACGCUUGUAUUUAUUUGUUUGCUUACUUACAUUUGCUAUUUUUGAUAAGAACUUUCCGUUGUUUUUACAAGUUCCCUUCGAUUGGGCACGAUUGCAAAUUUCCUGCACGAUUUGCUGUGAUGAAAACACGUGCGUAGCAAUGCUGUACUGGAUCCAGCCGCGUCCUGCACUUGCCAAAAAAAGGCAUGAUGGAAAUGUCCAACCUACCUGCCCUAUUUUUGAAAAGUUUAUAAUCAGAAGCAGAAGUACUUUUUUUUUUGGCCCAAGUGAAAUUCUUUGUGGAAAGUUUGAGUAGAUCAUGGGCGUGUACAUAUACGUGUAUUACCAGUGCCUACAUGUGGUUCUUGAUAAACACAUUAUGAACAAAAUAACAAAAAAAAUUCUUUGUUGCUUGUCGCCAAAAGUUGUAUGCUUUAUGUUUUAUAUUUGUGACAGUACUCUAUAUUUAAAAACAGGAAAUUCCCAAAGCCCUAUUUGAUACACAUGUGCAUGCUCUCUGUCUUUAAACUAUCCGAUUAAAAGGGCCAAUAAGGCACGGUACAUAUACCUGACUUAAUGGAGGUAAUACAAGGAUAUUCCAUACUGUUAGCCAGCAUUUGCCUCCAAGAGGCUACAUUUAAUACUAAUAGUUAAUGGUCGACAUCCUGAAUAUAUUGGCCAGCGAGUCAUCAUCCGUCCAUCAUUCAUAUCAUUGUUUUCGUGUGGUACUACACAGAUCGUAACUGUAUUUUGAAGCUUUGUUGAUGAAACCAUUGUCAUCCAAAAAAAUUAAUUAAAAUUCAUGUGAGGUGCAUGGCAAAAAGAAUCCACAAACAUAUGUUGAGUUUUGACCAUAGUGUAGGUAAAGUAGCAUGUAUUUCUCUGAAAGCAACUUUUCUGGAGCCCCUUGAUUAAUACCACCAUCACCUCUAGUUUUCAAAUAGACGGUUUCUUUUUUGAAUGAAGGUGUUGUUAAAUUGCUGUGCCCUAAGGUCUUACAUUGCAUUAAUUGGGACGAUACAAAGACUGGCUCUAUGGGCUCUGUGUGUGAACAAGGGGGGGGGGGGGAAUCUUCUGAGCUCCAGCCAUCUAAUUUCAUUCUGAAUGUGCACAAAGCCAUAGCAUCUCUGCGUGAGUGUCGGGCGCCGUCGGCAAUGCACUUGAAUGUCUCUCCCAGUGGUCUCCACCAACUCUCCCUUCUUACCGUUGAGGGGGUACUUGUGAACAGAGCCCAUAUGUCAUGUCUGGACUUGAAGCGGACCUGUAAAAUGAAAGUUCCAUUGAGUUCCAGAUCCAAGUGAAAUGUUUCUGGAUAUAAUUGCUUAAACGUGUUAUAGGAUCAAAUAUAUAUGUGUAUGAAGAAAAACUUUGAUUUUCAAAUACCUAAUUGCAAUGUAUGUUUUAAAUGGUAAUUAGUUGUUCCCUGAUCACUGCAUUUUUUCCUUGUAUCCCUAGUUAAUAAAAUUGAUCAACCAAACACACAGGCACCAAGCAAUUUUGAACACAAGCCUGAAUAGAAAUGCUUGAUUAAUCAUAUGUUUGCGGGGCAUAGGGCUUGUUUGCCUGACCUGCUUCGCAGGCGAGAAGCGGCUUCUUGCCCGCUUUGCAGGGGAGUCUGCAAUGCCGCCUCGCCGGGCAAUCAACUUGUGAACACAUAGAUAUAUACACACUUUUUUUUCACUUCAUAGUACAAUGCUGAUUGUUAACAGCAAACAAACAACCAAAAAAAAAACAAGAAAAAAACACCAAGUUGCUGCAUUUAUUGAUUUAAAUGGUUGGUGAGAGUGUUGAAAUUAUGGGUUUCACUGAUUUAAAUGUUUAUUUUAGUGUGGUAUAUGUACUCAGAUAUUAUUACAUCUAACUUAUUAAGCAAUUCUUUGUUUGCACACAGACAAAAUACAAAAUAUAUGCAGCCAUUGAAACCAAUUCUGUUACGGAACUGUGCAUAAUAUCUAAGUCUUCUGUUUGAGUCGUUAACAGAACAAUUUACUUUUGAAUAUCCUGGAUCAAAACAUCUGAAGCAAAAAAUGUUGCAACCUGACGCCACUUCUGCGAUUGUGUACAAAGUCUAUGGAGAGUCCAGAAAAUUUUCUAAGUAUUUCUUAACAAAAUUGGAAAUGUUUUUCAGUCCACGAUUCAUGUAUUAUCAUCAUUUUUGCAAUGAAAGACCUUCAUUGAGAUGUUAUAUGAAGAAAAAAGUGGCGUCAGAUUGCAACAAUUUUUUUCCCAACUGAAAAUUGCCCUGAAACUCUAACUCAGCAAUACUUUCCAAGAUUUUGUACGAGUCUUUUAGUGCCUGUGUGCGUUCUAUGCUGAGACAGAUUAUGACCUUGAUCACAAGUUUUAAUGUUUGUGAUACUGUACCGAAUACAUAGAAAUUGUGGUUUAUUUUGUAAAUUGGAAACUUUAUACAGAUUUACCAUGAUGUCUUGUGCCUUGUACAUGAAUAUUCAUCAACUCUAAUACCUACAGUAGGCUAAUUAUAAACACUUAAAAAUGUAAACAUAUUGUUAAAAGGAAUGUCAUUUGAAGUUGUUCGGUAUGUACAUCUGAAAGGUUUAUUGCUGUAUCAAUGUUUUGUUCCAAUGCAUUUGUUGGGUACCUAGCCUGUAAAGGCUGCCAUGUUCAAUUUGCUUAACUAACAUGAAUUGAUGUGUUGGAAUAUAUUUGGGAUUGUGGCAUGGUUGUUUGCUACGCAUGUGACAGCGACACAUUCUUUGUCCAUCAACAAGAUUGGGACACAAAGUUCCAUGAAAAAUAAUGGUGCUAUGGCGUAUGCAGUCCUGAAACCAUCAAGAUCAAUUAAUUGCAAGUGUUGGGUUUUGGCAGAUUGAGACAGGAGAAUUGGGAUGAUAUGUCCAUCAAUCAUACAGACAUACCCACUUUUAUGUAUAUACAUGUACAGUAACACAAACACACGGUUUUGCUUGAUUUUGUUUUGUUUUCACAAUCCCUGCCUUAUACGUGGGAAAUCAAUGUUUUUAUUCCUUGCGCAAAAGUUAUGUUACAAAUGUGAAAGCAUCGGUUAAUUACUAUGUCAUGACAAAUCUUGUUUGAAUGAGUGGCAAUUUCCUUGGGAAAAAAAUUGAACUGAUUUUAUUUUGAAAAUGUAGUUUCAAUCUUAUCUUCAACAUUUGUAGACUUGUUCCAUUCAUUUUCUCUGAAUUGAAUGAGUAGUCAAAGUUGUCCCAUCUUCUGAUCAUUACACUGUGUCGUAAUAUUUCUUUAAAACCUAAUAAUAUUGUACUAAAUAAUUUUUUCAGUAUAUGGGAAUAUAAUUAUAUUUGUAACAAAAAAGCAACACA